UCUGUCGUGGACGGGGAUCAGAGACGCAGCGGGACAGAGGAGGCGGAACACGCUCCGACGACUCCACGCGCUUAUUUAUUUAUUUAUUGUUCGCGCGACUUUGUUUGUGGAGUAUUUAUUGCAACGAAGAUGAACGGGAUGACGAGAAGCCUGUGCACAGUUGAGGACAUCAGAAGUCAAGACUAUGGGGAGAGGUGCCGGCGACUGCGGCUCACGCUGCACGACCAGAACCAGGCGGCCCAGACCACCGACCAGUACAGGGACAAGCCGAUCGGCCGAGCCUUCGCGCUGGUGCAGCCGCCCGCUGAGAGGAGCGUCCUCCCCCCUGAGCCGGUCAAGUCCACGGAGGAGCAGGUGGAGGUCAUCAAGGUGUACCUGGAGGCGCGGCGACACGAGGAGGAGAAGCACCAGCAGAGCCUGAAGAUGCUGUCGGAUGAGGUUUCCCAAAUCCAGGAGGUGAGGUACUGCCUGAAGACGCUGCGGGAGCAGAUGGCUUCCAAAAGCAAGUCGCACACAAACGGCUGGAAGGUCAGCGUGCCCUUCAGACGGAGCUCGCCCGCUCCCAAGGCGGAGGCCAAGGCCGACGGACAGGAAGCAGACGACGAAGCAGAGCGGGCCAAGCUGAGGGAGGUCAGCAAGCGCCUGUAUGCCCAGAUGCAGGAAGCCGAGAAGAAACACCAGGAGGAGAAAGAGCGGCUGCAGGCCGAAGGCAGCAGGCUGAGGGAGCGUCUGAGCGACCAGGAGGACAGGCUGAAGACCACGGCGGAGGCCGGCGAGAGGAAGGACAGGCGCAUUGAGGAGCUGCAGAGGCUGCUGGGAGGGAUGGAGCAGGAGAGCGCCUCCCUGCGCGACACCAUCCACGCCCGCGAGGAGGAGCUCCACGAGCUGCGCCAGCUCCGCGAGCAGGGCCAGAAGGGCGACCAGAGGGCCGAGCAGCUGGAGAAGGAGGUGGCCGUCCUCAAGGAGAAGAUCCACCAUCUGGACGACAUGCUGAAGAGCCAACAGAGGAAAGUCCGGCACAUGAUCGAGCAGCUCCAGAACUCGCGCAUGGUGAUCCAGGAGCGAGACCGCGUGAUCAAAGAGCUGGAGGAGAAGGUGGCGUUCUUGGAGGCUGAGAACCGAGAGAUGCGUGACCAGAUGGACUACUUCCUGGGAGGACACAGGUCAAACUCCUACCUCUCAUCAGAGCGCAACCCCCAGAUAGUCUACAGCAAGCCACUCAAGCCGUCCACCUCGUCGAACAAACCGCUCCCCUUCAUCAAAGUCAUUGAGAUCAAGUCGUGAAGUCACUCUGCACGAGCAGGCGCUGGUUCUGGAGUGAAGGCCGUAGAACCGCUGAAGCUAGAUUGUAUCUCUACACCUGAACAUUUGGGAAGCCGCCGCUGAGUUUCCUGACCUGCAGCUACGUUACCUACGUUACUCUUGACUAAUGCAUUUGAAAGGCAAAGCUUUUUGAAGGAAACUGGUGUUUGGCAGCAGCAUACGUGCACUGGGAUCCUUUGUGUAUGUGCAUAAUGACAUGAUCUCAGCUGUACAGUACAUGAAGUAGACUGGUUCCGCUGAUUUGAAGUUUUACGUGCUCUACAAUACUUUGUGCAAGUGUUUUAUUGUCCUGCUCUGCUAUCAUAACAUUUGUGACCUUUGAAUUUAUGGCAUCUGCGCCAUUAUGGCUAAAACUAACUGUUGUACAAAGUGCAGGCUGACAAGGGGCAACAGCAUUAAGAAGCCGUUUAACAGUGAUGUAGCAUCAGUAUGCAAAGCUUUCUGAGCAUCAAAGCUUGUGAUGGACCGGUUUCAUGUGAAAAUGAUUAACCUAUUUAUCUAAAUCCUGUCCUUGUGCUCAUGUUUAUAAAUAACAAUAUGGUUAAUAAUUCCCAAACUACAAUAAGGAGUGGAAUGAAACUGUGAGGAAGCAGGAGGAAAAAUGUUCAUUUGUAAUAUUUCUUCUAAGGCAUUUCAGUUCCCUGUAACGUCACCUCGGAUUGUACAUAUUCAUUACUGUGAGUUGUUUGUUGUUUUAAUUUCUGUCUAACGUUCUCUUUUGUAUUUAUUUAUAUUAAAUAAUAAAUAUCUAGACAAUCAAAGGGUA